AUGGUGAAAGAAACUGAGUAUUACGAUAUUCUUUGCGUUAGCCCUUCAGCUUCUGAGGAGGAGAUUCGCAAGGCCUACUACCUUAAGGCAAGGCAAGUUCAUCCUGAUAAAAAUCCCAAUGAUCCUCAGGCUGCUCAAAGAUUUCAGAUUUUGGGGGAAGCUUAUCAGGUUUUGAGUGAUCCGGUGCAACGAGAGGCAUAUGAUCAAAAUGGAAAGUGUUGUGUUUCCAUGGAAACAAUGCUUGAUCCAACUGCUGUUUUUGCCCUUCUCUUCGGAAGUGAACUCUUUGAAGACUAUAUAGGACAUCUGGCGGUUGCAUCAAUGGCAUCCUCUGAUUUAGUGGACAACGCUGAUAAAGUUCAUGGCAGGCUCAAGGCUGUCCAGAAGGAAAGAGAACAAUGCCUUGCUAGAAAAUUGAAAGGUUUUGUUCAGCAGUAUGUGCGAGGUGACAAAAUAGGAUUCAUACAACAUGCUGAAUCUGAAGCAGAACGACUUUCGAAUGCAGGUUAG